AUGUGUAGGAAGCUAGAAUUGCAGAAAUUACCAGAACUUGAUGCUCUUGGAUCAUCAUCCUCCUUCCUUGGUCAACCAUGCAGGACAAAGAAGAUUAAAAUGGAUGGGAACUGUUUUUUUAGAGCAUUGUCUUUUGCAAUAUCUGGCACAGAGGAGAACCAUAGACGACUGCGACUAUUAACAGUAAAACAUCUUCUGGAAAACUCAAGGCUCUUCUCCCCAUACCUUCGAGAUGGAUGUGUCACUGUAGAAAGAUAUGUACAGUCAUCGAGGAUGAAGUACUUACAUACAUGGGCCACUGAAGUAGAAAUUCUCGCAGCGUCAGACAUGCUCCAGACUGACAUCUACACCUACAGUGAAUCAUGGUUGUUGUUUUCCAAGUCUCAGGCACGGGAGCAGAUGAACAAUUCAACUAGGGCUAUUUAUUUACAUCAUGUUUCAGGUUGUCAUUAUGAUGUGGUUAUUUGUGUAAAAAAUCAGUCAUUAGAUCUUUGUACUGGAAAUUGUUUACUGUGUAGUAACUACAGUACUGAAGGAAUACAAAGCAUAACACAUGUGAAAUGUGAGGAAGAUGACAAUAUUGUCAUAGGUGAUGCAGUUAGUUCACGAAAAGACAUCGGGAACAAAUGCUUCCUUGGAAAAGAGUUGAAGAAGAAGAUACAUCGUGAACAUAUCCAGCAGAAAAGGCUCAAAACAGUGCAUGACUGUACUGAUGUGAUGAAGAAGCCAUCCGCAGAACUACAAAACACCAAGAAAGACCGAAACACAUAUGCUGCAAAUGUGUCAUACAGGAGACGUGUUUUGGCAGCUUAUAAGGAGAAAUAUGCCAAACCAGAAUACAGGGAAUCGGCAAUCCGACAGGGCAAGCAGAGAUACAGUAGUGAUGAAUUGUACCAAAAUAGGAUAAAGGCGUACAGCAAUGCGAAAUAUUUGUCGGACACCAGGCAUAAACAGAAGGUCAAAGCAUAUAGCAAGGAGAGGUAUUUGUCAGACACCAAACAUAAACAAAAGGUCAAAGCAUACAGCAAGGAGAGAUAUUUAUCAGAUACCAAACAUAAACAGAAGGUCAAAGCAUACAGCAAGGAGAGAUAUUUAUCAGACACCAGGCAUAAACAGAAGGUGAAAGCGUACAGCAAGGAGAGGUACUUGUCAGACACCAUUCAUAAACAGAAGGUGAAAGCGUAUAGCAAAGAGAAGUAUUUGUCAGACUCCAGACAUAAACAGAAGGUGAAAAUGUACAGCAAGAGAAAGUAUAUGAUGGACACCAGACACAAAGAGAAGGUGAAAAUGUACAGCAAGACGAAGUAUUUGGUGGACACCAGACACAAAGAGAAGGUGAAAAUGUACAGCAAGAGAAAGUAUAUGAUGGACACCAGACACAAAGAGAAGGUGAAAAUGUACAGCAAGAGGAAGUAUUUGAUGGACACCAGACACAAAGAGAAGGUGAAAACGUACAGCAAGAGGAAGUAUAUGGAUGACGAGUUUAGGAAAAACAAGCAAUCACAGCUGAAGAAAAAGUAUUCAGAAUCAAAGUCAUACAGGAAAGAUGUAAUGAAUAGACAGUUGGAACGCAGACGACAGAGGAUAGCAGACCUUUCUUGUAUUGAUACAGUAACAUCUGUUUUUCAACACUUAAUAAGUGAUUCACCACACCACAUAUGUGCAGUUUGCCAUCGUCGUUUUUUCAGAGGACAGGUUGUUAUAUGUAAAAGGGAAUCUUACUCACAAAUAGGUCAAGUGGCUGGAAAACUUGCUGCCAAAUGUAUAUCAACAAGAUACGUCCACACAUGCUCUUCAGAUUGCAAUGUUCCCUGUAUUAUUUAUCUAUCUCCGUAUUCCAAGCUCUGGAUUUGUUACACAUGCCAUAGGAAGAUCAGAUCAGGCAUUUUACCAGCUGAAGCAUCUGUUAACAGUCUACAGGUAGAACAUGUCCCGUAUGAAUUGUCUUGUUUGAACCAACUAGAGCAACAUUUAAUAGCAAAACAUAUUCCCUUUGCUAAGGUGGCAGCCCUUCCUAGAGGUGGUCAGAGAAGUGUCCAUGGUCCAGUUGUUUGUGUGCCAUCCAACAUUGACACAACAAUUUCCUCUCUCCCACGACCAGAGUCAGAUGAUCAGCUGAUAAGGGUAAAACUCAAGCGAAAAUUAUCAUAUAAAGGGCAUUAUAGGUAUCAAUUUGUAAACACGGCGCAAAUUGAAAAGGCACUCGAAUAUUUGAAAGAAAAUAACCCACACUAUCAGGAUGUUAAUUUCAACAACAAUUGGGUUAACAACUUGUCCUCUUCAUCAGCAGGAGAUGACAAAGAGAGUGAUAAUGAUAGUCUACCAGAUUUAUGCGAUCAUGAACAACCUGGCAGUAAUGAGGGCAAAAAGGCUGAUCUGGGAAAUGAUGUUGAAUACCUCGACUCAAGCCAUACAGGAGAUCAGGGGCUGAUGAUAGACAGUUGUUUGCAACCAGUUGACAUAGGACAAGAAAUACUUGAUCAGUUCGCAGAUAAUGUACUUUGUUUAGCACCGAGUGAAGGCAAUGAUCCAAUUAGACUUCUGAUGAAUGAAGAAAAUGAAGCAAAGGCAUUCCCUGUCUUGUUCCCUAAAGGAUCACCGACAUACUACGACAAAAGAGAAAAGAAAAUAACUGUUUCACGCUAUCUGAAUACCAGGCUGAUGCAUGCAGACUCCAGAUUUGCCAAAAGUACUGAGUAUAUAUUUUAUGCUCAGUAUCUUUCAGAAGUUCAGCAGGUACUUUCAACUGUCUCUAUUGCACUGAGGAAAAGUCGUCAACCAGACACUGAACAAACGAUAAAUAAACUCACUGAUUAUGACUCCUUGAGAGAAAUCCUAAAGACUGACUCUGGAUUCAAGUUCUUAAAGCCAAUCCGAGGAACCCCAGCAUACUGGCAAUCUGCACAGAAGGAUUUAUUUGCUAUGCUGAGACAACUUGGCAUUCCAACGUGGUUUUGUUCAUUUUCUGCUGCAGAUAUGAGAUGGUCUGAGUUUAUUCAAGCACUGCUGGUGGAAGAAGGCCGUGACAUUGACAUUACUGAUAUGGACUGGUCAGCUAAAUGUGAAUUGAUCAGAGAGAACCCUGUUAUGGCAGCACGGAUGUUUGAACAUCGAUUUCAGUGCUUUUUGAAGGAAUUUCUGCUGUCCCCUGCAAACCCUGUUGGGAAGAUAAUAGACUACUUUUACAGGGUAGAGUUUCAACACCGUGGAUCACCACAUACUCAUUGUUUAUUUUGGGUUGAAAACGCUCCCAAACUUGACCAUAACUCGGAUGAAGAGGUGACUGCCUUCAUUGACAAGUAUGUGACAUGUGAAAUGCCACCAUCAGAUGAUGAAGUGCUUCAAGAGAUCGUGUCCUCUGUACAGAAGCAUAGUAGCCUUCAUUCAAAGAGCUGUCGGAAAAAAGGUACGAACUGCAGGUUUAACUUUCCAAGACCACCAAGUAAGUGCACAUUCAUCUCUAGGCCAAGCUCUUCAGAUGUUCACAACAAUGAUUGUAAUGAAGCAUCGAUAGAAAGGGAAAUGAAUUGUGAAGAAGCUAAGCGAAUCCUUGAAGCGUUGUGGGAGGCUCUCUCAAAUCAAGAACAUGCUUUUGGAAACACAGAAGAUUUGUUCAGUGCUGUUGGAAUAAACCAAGAUCAGUUUCAGGAAGCAUACACGAUGCUGUCAAAGAGGGCCAGUGUUGUGCUCAGACGUGGCAUGGAUGAUGUAUGGUUGAAUCAGUAUAAUCCUGACCUUCUGCGCGCAUGGAAUGGGAAUAUGGAUAUUCAGUUUGUGCUCGAUGCUUACUCUUGCAUUGUUUACAUUAUAUCAUAUAUUUCUAAGUCAGAAAGAGAAAUGGGUCUUCUUCUGGAACAGGCAAGAAAGGAAACUUUGAAUGGCAAUGAAGACACUAAACAGGCAUUGAAGAAACUUGGAGCAGUGUAUCUUCAGAGUAGGGAAGUAAGUGCUCAAGAGGCCGUGUUUCGAGUCUGUAACCUGCACUUGAAGGAAUGUUCAAGAUUUGUUCAGUUUAUUCCUGUUGGUGACGCCAUAAAGAUGAGUCUGCCCCUGAACGUGAUCCAAAACAAGCUCAGUGGUGGUGAUUUAAAUGUAGAUGAUAUGUGGAUGACAAGCAUAAUUGACCGUUACAAGAACAGACCAGAUAGUGAUGAAUUUGAAGCUAUGUGCUUGGCAACAUUUUGCUCCGAAUUCCGAGUUCUGUCCAAGUCAGAGAAAAUUUCAAGUAAAGCUCAAAAUGAGGGAUUGGUACAUAAACUGAGGAGUAACAUGGGGUACAUUCGAAGAAGAACACGAACCAAACCAGCUGUGGUAAGAUAUCCAAGGUUUUCACCAGAGAAUCAAUCAGAGAAAUAUUUCCAGAGCAUUUUACAACUGUUUUUGCCAUACAGAACAGACUCGCAGCUGAAACCUGAUGGGUUUAAUUCAUUUGAAUGCUUUUUUGAGACCGGUGCUAUAAGUUUGCUGAAUAACACUAGUGUUGAGCUUGUCAAGGAUAUAGUUAACAGAAACAAGGCAUCAUUUGAAACAGAUGCUGAUCAAGUCACCAGAGCAGCGGAAAUCCUUGAAAUGGGUGGUCACUUAGAAGAUGCAUGGGCACAGAUGUAUCCUGAAACUGAAGCAGAAAGGAUUUCUUGUUUUGAAGAAAUUGUAGAGCUUGACGACAUCCCUUGUGAGGCAAAAGACAUACCAGAUUUAGUACAGAAUCAGAAGUCUGAUUACACUAUUGAGCCCCAACAGGGAGUUCUGUCUGGGAGUGAGGCAAAAGAUCUUCUGCGAUCACUGAAUGAACGACAACUGGAGGUCUUCUACAAAGUUCGAAAGUGGUGUUUAGAAAAACUCCGUGAUCUGGACACAGAACCUUUCUAUCUUUUCAUCACAGGAGGUGCAGGAACUGGCAAAACCCAUUUGAUUAGGUCUUUGCAUUUUGAAGCCAACAGGCUUUUAGCACGGUGUUUGUCAAAGCCAGAUGACACAUCGAUUUUAAUAACAGCUCCGACAGGUGUUGCAGCUUUUAACAUUAGUGCUUCAACCAUUCACAGUACGUUUGGUAUUCCUGUAGAUGUAAAAUUACCCUAUCAGCCAUUGGGAGAGGAAAAACUAAACACGUUACGUUUAAAGUAUAACAGCCUUCAAAUUUUAAUUAUAGAUGAAAUCUCUAUGGUGGAUCAUAAGUUACUUGCUUACAUCCAUGGAAGGUUACGACAGAUCAAGCAGUGUAAAGAUUACUCUCCAUUUGGAAAAGUGUCUGUGAUUGCUGUUGGAGAUUUCUAUCAAUUGCCACCAGUAAAAGGGAAGCCUUUAUACAAAGACAACAUUGGAUUUAAUCUCUGGUCUGAGUUCAAAAUAGUGGAACUAACUGAAGUGAUGAGACAGAAAGAUCAAAGAUUUGCAAAUAUGUUAAACCGUCUUCGUAUCCGUAAAAAGACUGAGAGAAUCACAGCUUCAGAUAUUUGUAUGUUGACUGAGCGCGAGACCGGAGAAGAAGAAGGUGAUAUUCAUAUAUUUGCAACAAAUCAACAAGUUACAGAAUUCAAUCUCUCUAAAUUGUCUCAAAGUGAAGAGGAAAUUAUUGCUUUUGAUGCUGAAGACUUUGAGAAGGAUCAAAGGACUGGAAAACUUAAGAAAAGAGACAAUCAGUUCAUAAGUACGGUGUAUUCUAAUUUGCCCAGAAAACUGUCUUUAACAGUAGGAGCACGAGUGUUACUUAUGAAAAAUAUUGAUGUUUCUGAUGGUCUUGUGAAUGGAGUCUUUGGCACAGUCUCGCAUAUACCAUGUCCUGCGAGAGAUGAUGUACCAAAUGUGAUUUAUGUUGUAUUUGACAGUGACAGAGUUGGUAUUAAGAUGAGGAGAGAAAGUCAAAUCCCUGAUUGUGUACCAUCCAGCAGUACACCAAUUCACCGGGUAGAAGAUAGAGUGAGUGCACGUGGUGGAAUCAGAAGACAGUUUCCUCUGAAGUUAAGUUAUGCUUGUACUGUACACAAGCUACAAGGUGUCACUCUUGACAGAGCAGUUGUUUCCCUGGACAAAAUAUUUGCUGCAGGCCAAGCUUAUGUGGCAUUAAGUCGUGUGAGAUCACUGGAGGGGUUGACCAUUCAGGAUUUCAAAGAGUCUGUUAUUUAUUGUAAUGAUAGUAUUACUGAAGCACUCUUGUCCAUGUCGCCUUUCCUGAACUUCACAUCUGAACACAACAAUGACCAAGAAGCUGGUUUCGUGGAAUUCAAGUUUAUUCUUCAUAAUGUACAAGGAUUAAGAUCUCAUAUUCAUGACAUCAAAGGGGACAAAAGAUUUACAACAUCACAUGCGAUCUGUAUUACAGAAACUUGGCUGUCUUCUGAUGAAUCAAGAGAAGGACAGUACUUAGAGGGAUUCACAUUUAACCAUAAGACGAGAUUUCAAAGCUAUGAUCAAAGCAAUCCGUUGUUCAAGGAGUUAAAACAACAAGCUCAUGGAGGGGUUGGCAUUUUCCACAAAUCUAAUAUAAAAUGUGAAAUGUUGGAUCUCGCUAUUCCUAACCUGGAGAGUAUAGCAUUCUACUUUAAUGAUCCAAACUUUGCUGUCAUUGUCAUUUACAGGCCAUUGUCUUAUAGUCUUCCUAUUUUCAUACAAAAUCUAGAUAAACUAUUGAAAAAACUGGCGAAUCUUCCAUAUGGUUGUGCAAUAGUUGGAGAUUUCAAUGAGAACAUAUUGAAGUCGAAUGUCAUUUCAAAACUGUUUGCCUCUUACCAUUUUCAGCAGCUUGUGAAAGAACCAACCACAGAAAACGGGACACUGAUUGAUCAUGUUUAUGUCAGACAUGUCCAUUUGAAAACAGUCAAAGUCAUCCCAACUUAUUUUAGCUACCACGAUGCCAUUAUGUCCAUAUUAUAA